CCUCCCCGCGCCUGCGCGGCGGGCGGAAGGUCGUCUCAGUGACCGGCUGGGAGUUUGGAGCAGCCGUCGCCAUGUUGUCGGUCGCUGCCCGCUCGGGCCCGUUCGCGCCCGUCCUGUCGGCCUCUUCCCGCGCGGUGGCGGGCGCGCUGCGGCCCCUGGUGCAGGCCGCGCUGCCCCCGGCCGCGGAGCCGCCGGUGCUGGACGUGAAGCGGCCCUUCCUCUGCCGGGAGUCCCUGAACGGCCAGGCCGCGAGCGGGCCUCUGGUCGCCGUCGUGAGCCUUAAUGCCCCUGCCUCUGUCCGCUACUCCCACACAGACGUCAGGGUGCCCGACUUCUCCGACUACCGCCGGGCCGAGGUGCAGGACAGCACCAAGUCCUCCAAGGAGAGCAGCGAGGCCAGGAAGGGCUUCUCCUACUUGGUCACGGCGACCACGACGGUCGCCGCCGCCUACGCCGCCAAGAAUGUCGUCUCCCAGUUUGUCUCCAGCAUGAGCGCCUCGGCCGACGUGCUGGCCAUGUCCAAGAUCGAAAUCAAGCUGUCCGACAUCCCCGAGGGCAAGAACAUGGCCUUCAAGUGGAGGGGCAAGCCGCUGUUCGUGCGCCACCGCACCCAGAAGGAGGUGGAGCAGGAGGCCGCCGUGGACGUGUCCCACCUGAGGGACCCCCAGCACGACCUGGAGCGCGUGAAGAAGCCCGAGUGGGUCAUCCUGAUCGGAGUCUGCACGCACCUCGGCUGCGUGCCCAUUGCCAACGCGGGCGACUAUGGUGGCUAUUACUGCCCUUGCCACGGCUCCCACUAUGACGCCUCUGGCAGGAUCCGCAAGGGGCCUGCGCCUCUCAACCUCGAGGUCCCCUACUACGAGUUCACCAGCGACGACGUCGUGGUGGUUGGCUAGGCCCCCGCUCGAGGCUCUUUCGUCCUCGCGUCUCCUCAGAGAAGGUGCCGGAGAGCAGGUGUGUACUCGCGGGGUUGGUUUGUACGAGGAAGAUCUGCGGACGGUGCCCUUGUGAUGUUCCUGUGAAAUGAGCUGAAUCUGAUUUGAACACCUUCACGCCUUCACCUUAAUGAAGAAGCCACUGUCAGCGCUGUCGGCUGGGCUGCUUGGGGGCGGGCAGUGUCUGAUGGUUCCUUCCAUUAAAGUCACUGGCUGCUGUACAAGA